UAUUCUCCGACUGUACCAUCUAUUCUAUUCUGUUGUCCGUGCCACUCCUUCGCGUCUCCGAUCACCGCGGCGGUGCAGCUUCGCAAUCACAGCCAAUCGGCGUUUCCAUCAUCACACUUCACACUUCACACUUCACACUUCAAAGUGCAGACGAGAUGGCUGGAGGUGUUAUUCAGCAGUUAUUGAGGAGGAAACUCCAAUCUCAUUCUCCUAAUGCUUUAUCUAUGUCAUCCAUUCUCACAAAGAAAGAUGGGGAUGGUUCGACUGGCAGCAGCUCGUUAAGAGCACUUGCGUUAAUUGGGGCUAGUGUCACUGGGGUUUUGGGUUUUGCGACAACAGCAUCAACUGAUGAAGCUGAGCAUGGCCUCGCAUGCCCAAGCUAUCCAUGGCCACACCAGGGCAUCCUCAGUUCAUAUGAUCAUGCUUCGAUUCGUCGUGGUCAUCAAGUCUAUACACAAGUCUGUGCGUCCUGCCAUUCUAUGUCUUUGAUAUCAUACCGCGAUUUGGUUGGCGUUGCUUAUACAGAAGAAGAAGUAAAGGCUAUGGCAGCUGAGAUUGAAGUGGUUGACGGCCCUAAUGAUGAGGGUGAGAUGUUCACACGCCCUGGUAAACUCAGUGAUCGCUUUCCUCAGCCAUAUGCAAAUGAAGCAGCUGCUAGGUUUGCUAAUGGAGGAGCCUAUCCUCCUGAUCUAAGUCUUAUUACCAAAGCUCGUCACAAUGGCCAGAAUUAUGUGUUUGCCCUUCUAACUGGUUAUCGCGAUCCCCCUGCUGGUGUUUCGAUUAGAGAGGGUCUCCAUUAUAAUCCUUAUUUCCCUGGCGGAGCCAUUGCCAUGCCUAAAAUGCUUAAUGAUGGUGCUGUUGAAUAUGAAGAUGGAACUCCCGCCACUGAAUCUCAGAUGGGAAAAGAUGUUGUGUCAUUCUUAUCUUGGGCUGCCGAACCGGAGAUGGAAGAGAGAAAACUGAUGGGAUUCAAAUGGAUCUUUGUUCUAACAUUGGCAUUGCUUCAAGCUGGGUACUAUCGUCGCCUUAGGUGGUCUGUUCUAAAGUCUCGGAAGCUGGUUCUUGAUGUUGUCAAUUAGGGGCCUUCAAAGUUUCAUUUUUAACUUAAAAGAAAACCAUGUUAUUGUUGGCAAUAAUUUUGUCAAAUGAUUAGUUGUGUCAUCAUGUCAAAUUCGUUAAUGGAGCAACCAUUCACGGGUUCAAUUUUUGCUUCGAGUUAGAAAUAAAAGUUGUUCCAUAUAUGAUAUUCAUUAUUGUGUUCCCCAAAUCAGAACUUUGUAUUGUUAGAUUCUCAUGGAAUUUUGUAAUCAUUAUUUAUUUUCGGGGUCUUAUGGCGAUAAUCCGAUUGUGUUUACAACUUUU